UCUCAUAUUGGUCUCGUAAAAGGAAAUUUUCAGGGAUUUAACAUAUCUGAAGCUGCAAAGCUGCUCAUUAAAGCCCCAAAAUGUCCGGUGGUCCCGAAACACACGUGUUGCUCGGAAAGAGUGACAGUAUCCAUCAACAGGUCCUCGCAUCUUUCCCCCUGUGCGACUUGACGGAGGGAGACCUGACCCAGAACCCUCAGUUUUGUAAACUCCUGGUUUCACUGACACAACACGUGGACAAAACUGGGCUGAGUGUCCAACUAAAAACAGAGCUGGACAAGGCUGAGCAGAAGCUGCAGAGCCAGAGACGUCAAUGGCUUCGCUGCGAGAGCCUCAGCAGAGGACUCCAGGAGAUGAUCCAAGACCACUGUGUCAGGAAGCACCAUGGCACCGUCCCCCCUGAUCAGAACAUGUUCUAUGAAACGAUGGAGAAGUGUCUGCUGGUGGCUCAGUGCGUCAGACAGCUGGAUCCCAGUAACACGACCAACCAGGACCAGCCCUCGGUGUUGGGCCUGACACCCCAACACGUGAUGGAGCUCAUGCCGUCAGAGAAGAAUGUGCAAAGAAUGAAACAGGGUGUCCCGAGACAGCUGGAGACGCAUCUGAGGGAAAAGUGUCUGAGUCUCCUGUCGUACUAUCAGCCUGAAUGGGAGAAUGAGAGCGAGGGUCUCAAGACCAUCAAGUUUUCUCAUUUGUCAGCGCUGCUGGGCGAGGAAAAGAAGAAAGCAGAAAGUUUGAAGGAGAUCUGUCGGGAAAACGCCGUUCUCUUGCAAAGGCAGACCCAGCUCUACCUCCUGGAGCUGAUUAAGUGCAUUCAGCUUCUCCAGACGUUUAUCUUGGACCACCGGCUGAAGAUCCAGACGGACUUGGAGGGGAAGAAAUUAGAUUACUUUGAAGGCAAAUGUGAACUAGUCUUACAGAAGAUUAAGACUGAGAUGGUGGAAGUUCAACUGGACACGUACACGUCUGAUGCAAUACGUGUUCACCGAAAAAUAAGGGACACGCUGGAGGCUGAACUGAAGGCCUCGAAAGAAGAGAAACAAGCUGUUGAGCUCAAAUUGUCAUCUUUUGAGCUCUUGGGCAAAGAGUUUGAAGCCCUGGCUGAUAUGUACUGCCGACUGCGGCAGGAGAUAGAAACCAAAAACUGGGCUCUGAAGGAACUAACCCAGUACAACGAGAAGUAAAGAUCCCGUCUGAUGCUGAGCAACCAGCCAGCAUCCCCCUUUUGAUAAUAGAUAAAGUAACGAGUAGCUGAAGAAAAUGACUGGUGGGCGUGACACGUGUUUUACAAUUCAUCACUAAAAUACACAGUACUGACUGGGUUUAUUGGAGACUUGCAGUGGAGCUCCCUACUUAAGAUUGUUUAAUAAAUGUUUUCUUAAAGGAUGUUGACUUCUUGACCCUCACUAUCUGCAUUACUGCUAUCGGUGUGUCUGCUCAAAUACAAUUGUUCCACUUAGCCACUAAUAUAUUAGAUAUUGCUAUAUCGUCAUCCUUGGCUCAGUCACUGUCUUUAUACAAACAAUGCAAAGUAGCUGCUGUUUCUUGGGGUCUGAAUUAAAAGGGAUCCGUCUGAGGUGAUCUAACUUUAAUAUAGAAGUGUGUGUUUUUAAAAUUGGAUUCCUUCAAUGAACGUACAGCAAAUUAAACAUUAAAAGUCAAACGUACCUUCUGUCUUUCGAUCGCUCUCCAGUUACUAAAGUUAGGGCUGCCUGGGAAGAUGAACUGGAUCUAAACUUGGAUGACUGGUGGGACACUGCUCUUAAAAACAUUUUACACAAGUUCAUCCUGCGCUCGUCUUACACUUAUACAGUUUAAAGUACUGUUUAGAGUCUACUUUUCUAAAGCCCAACUCUCACAAAUCUAUCCCAUUAUCACUGACAAAUGUGACAAAUGUCAUGCCUCAUCCUGCAAUUUAACCCAUAUGUUCUACUCUUGCCCACUACUUUCUCGCUUUUGGUUGAAUUAUUUUGACACCAUGUCAAAAAUACUUUCAGUGAAUAUAAAAGUCUCCCCCCAUGUUGCCAUAUUCGGGCUCCCAGAGGACCAUAGCCGGUUUACUUCAACUCAACUACACAUUUUAGCUUUCACUUCCUUACUGGCAAGACCUUCUUCUACAUUGGAAAUCGACUAAGGCUCCUCUAGUUCUCAGUGGCUCAACGAUACCAUGUCUUUUCUGAAACUGGAAAAGAUCAGAUAUUCAG